UAUAUAUAUAAAUAUAUACGGGACAAAAAGGUUUCCUCCGUCAGGAAUUUCGAAACCCUAACCAUCGUAUUCGAUUUCGAGAUCCAACUUAUUUCACAGGGUCGUCUCGUGAAUGAUGGAUCAGGCUACGGAGGAGGAGGCUAGGGCUGCAACAACGGUCUUUUGGGACAUCAUGAAGUGUCCGGUUCCCGAUGGCUUAAAUCCUGGUCUGGUCCUUCCGUGUAUUAGGCGGUUUUUGGAUAGGAAUGGCUACCGUGGUCCUCUCACCGUCACUGCCUUUGGCAAACUAUCCGACGUACCUACUGAGAUCCUGAGACAAGUCUAUUCCAGUGGAAUCUCUCUUUCCAUCGUCACCCCCUGUCACUUAGACAUUUCAGACCUCGUAGAUACAAAUCCAACUCCAGCUAAUUUUAUGGCCAUAUCUGCCAAAGACGCCUACCCUGGUUUUUUUAGGGUUCUAAAAAUGUUUGGCUAUAACCCUCUCGAGCCGUUUCCAUUUUAUUCUUUUGACAGCUUAGAUUUAAACGCACUUGAGGAGAAAACAGGGGAAUCUGCCUUGUGGGAUUGCUUUGUAUGCGCCCGUGAUCCUCCUCAACAAAGCUUUGAUAAUCUCAUCGCUCAUCUAUCUUGUGAAGAACAUCUUCGAAACUUUCAUCGCUCCAUGGAAAUGGAGGCUAGGAAUACUGCGCCUCCUCUUCCAGUUGACACUGUCAAGGUGAAUUCGCCGGUCAAAAAAAGUCUGAAGCUGACAAACGUUCUACCACCUGAUAAUAGAUUAUGCUGGGAGGAUGUAAAGAGGACUCAUGACACAAUUGUCGUUUGGGACAUCAAUACGUGUCCAGUUCCCCCUGGUUUUGAUGCUAGGAUGGUCAGUCUGCACAUCAGACAUUUCUUGUUUAAAAAAGGCUACUUUGGUCAUGUCAAAAUCAUUGCCAUUGGCGUUCUAACAGACGUUCCUGAAGACAUUCUGGGAAAAGUCUAUAUCACUGGAAUCGGUCUUCAUAAUGUCCCAUACGGUCCCUCAGACACUGUGGAGUUCGUUUCUGAGCUUUUCAAUAAUAGUGGUCCUCUACUUAACGUAAUGGUCAUAUCCAAUGCCAAAAUCUUUGCUUAUCCUGCAACCUAUCUACCAGGGAGAUGCAACCUUGUGCAGCAUUUUCCCUAUGAUUCUCUUCAAUGGUUUUUUCGGCCAGACUCAGGGGCACUUGAGGAGGCUCAGAGCAGUCCACCUGGUGAACUUGCCAGUUUCUUCUGCUCAGUAUGCAAUUACCGUAGUGCUCCUAAUACAGACUUUCUUUGUAUCACCAAGCAUCUCUCUGGUACAUACCAUCAACAGAAGAUUCGGGAGCACUUGAGGAGGAUAAGUGCAGUGAAACGAGUGAAUCUGCCUUCUGGAUUUGCUCGGUAUGCUCCGACAAUCAUCAUGGCCAAGGGUUUGAAAAUUUUACCACUCAUGUUACUAGUUGGCCACACAAGCGGAAGUUGUUGGACUGGUUGCCUGCGAAUGCUCGGUUUCUUCUAAGGGAGUGUGGUCCAAACCAUGGUAUCCAAGCGAAAGUGAAUGAAGUGUGGACGUGAAGAAGAAGAAGAUAGAAGAAAAAGAACUGAAGAAGGCCCAUGGUGGGUGUUUUUUAACCAAGAAAACUUGCGUUUAUUUACAAGUCCUUUGUUGUUUUGUUUUCAAUUAACUAAAAGGGAAUAGCAACUCAACCUAUGGACCAAAAAAAGAAAAUGGUGGUUGGUUUUAGUGUUACAUACUCUUUUAUAUUAGAUGUUUUGCUUCACUCUGAAGUAGUAAAUUAUUAGUUGCA